AUGGUUAUAAAAGAUGCAAAAGAGGAGAAAGAGUGGUUAGAAAAGGGACAAUAUGUAAGCCACCUUACACCAGCACAGCAAAACAAUGUGAUUAAACUAGUUGGUAAUCGAUGUUUAGUAAAGUGUUUAAUUGAAGAUGUACCAGUUGAGGCAUUGUGGGAUACGGGUGCUCAGGUUUCAAUAACCUCGCAUGAAUGGGUAAUGAAAAACUUUCCUGAUGUCAAGAUUAAUCCGAUUGAAGAUUUACUGGAGAACAAUUUAGAUCUCAAAGCAGCAAAUGGUUCGUCUAUCCCAUACAAAGGUUUUAUAGAGGUGAGACUUAAAUUAUUGAACUCACAAAUUGGAGAAGAGGUUUUAGUGCCUCUUUUGGUAGCGUCUGAUCAUCUUGAUCACCCUAUCAUCGGAUAUAAUGUUAUUGAAGAACUAGUCAAAUACCCAGUUGACAAGACAAAUAACAUUAUUUCAUCGAUGACAGCAAGUUUUCCCACAGUUGAUUCCAAAAACAUUAAAACUCUUGUUGAACUUAUAAAAACAAAUGAAUGUAGUGAACUGUGUUUGGUUAAAACUAUAAAGCAUGAUGUGUUGAUUCCUCAAGGCAAGACAGUGAGUGUUACUUGUAGAGCGAACACACGGUCGAAUGCAACAAGUAAGCUCCCAGUUCUGUUUGAGCCAGACCCUGAACAACCAUGGCCCACAGGUCUUGAAAUCGAAGAGACAUUGACAAACAUAAAUAGUGGGUUCUCCUCCCGGGUGGUUAUUCAAGCGAGAAAUUCCACCAAUCAUGAUAUUUUGCUUCCAAAAAGAACUAUACUUGGACGAUUGCAAUUAGUAAAAUCUGUUACACCUGUUGAAGUUAGGGAAAAGUGUGAUAAAGAAGCACAAGUUAAUGGAGUGUCAGUAAAUGAUGAUAAGUUGAACACAAAUACCCCAAAGACCUCUUACGGUGAUUGGAUACCUGAAGUUGAUUUAAAUGGUCUGACUGAGAAACAAAAAUUAGUCGCUCAACAAAUGCUUCUCGAAGAGUCAGAUUGUUUCUCUCGAGAUGAUGAAGAUAUCGGUUGUAGUGAAGAACUUAAAAUGAAGAUCAAUUUAACAGAUAACAUCCCAGUUCAAAAGAACUAUAAUUCAAUACCAAAGCCCUUAUAUCCAGAGGUAAAACAGUAUAUUGAGGAUCUUUUAAAUCGGAAAUUUAUACGUAAAUCUAAAUCAGCUUACUCAUCACCUGUCGUUUGUGUUAGGAAGAAGGACGGUACUUUACGUUUGUGCGUUGAUUAUAGAGAACUCAACAGACGGACUAUUGCGGAUCGUCACCCCCUACCCAAAGUCCAAACAACACUCGAGAAUAUCGGCGGAAACUCGUGGUUUUCCCUUUUAGAUCAGGGGAAAGCUUACCAUCAAGGGUUCAUAGAGACUGCGGAUCAACAUAAGACAGCCUUUAUAACCCCAUGGGGUCUCUAUGAGUGGGUAAGAAUCCCUUUUGGUUUAAAAAAUGCCCCUGCAGAAUUCCAACGAUUUAUGGAGUCAUGUCUGGAAGGACUUCGAGACGAAAUAUGUUUACCUUAUUUAGAUGACGUAAUAGUUUUUAGCAAGACUUUCGACGAACACGUUGAACACCUAAGAACUGUUAUAAGGCGCCUUCGAGACCAUGGUGUAAAGCUCAAACCUAAGAAAUGUAACCUGUUUCGUCGAGAAGUUCAUUGUCUUGGUCGAGUUGUUUCAGAAUACGGAUAUAAAAUGGAUCCAACUCAGAUACAAGCGGUUCUAUCAUUAAAGAAUAAACAACCCAAAACGGUUGGAGAAGUUCGACAUUUAUUAGGAUUGUUAGGCUACUACAGAAGAUACAUUCAGGAUUUUUCUCGAGUUGCAAAACCCUUAUUCGACCUUCUCCAACGAUCAAAUGAACCGAGUAACAAUAAAUCGAAAACACCCCAAGUACCAUCUUCCCAAAGUGUCUCAUGGACGGACGAACAUAGUUUUUUAGACCAAUUAGUGACGCGGAUUACGACUGCCCCAAUUUUAGCAUAUCCAGACUACAACGAACCAUUUGUUUUACAUACGGACGCAUCUCAGGAAGGACUUGGUGCAGUAUUGUACCAAGAACAGAAUAGUGAAAUGCGCGUCAUCGGUUAUGGUUCACGAAGUCUGACCCCUGCUGAGAAAAACUAUUACCUACAUUCGGGAAAACUCGAAUUUUUAGCACUAAAAUGGGCGGUGUGCGAACAGUUUCGCGAUUAUUUAUAUUAUGCCAAGUCGUUCACAAUAUUUACGGACAAUAACCCAUUGACAUACGUGUUAACGUCUGCGAAAUUAACUGCAACAGGGCACCGUUGGGUCGCAGAAUUAGCGGACUACAACUUUACCAUCAAAUAUAGACCUGGAGCAGCAAACAAGGACGCAGAUGCCUUAUCGAGAAUGCCAAUGGACAUAGAUGAAUAUAUGAAAUUGUGCACCAAAGAAACCUCGCAAGACAGCAUACAAGCGUGUAUGAUUGGAAUUCAGGCACAAGAACCGUGGAUUACUGCGAUCACAGCAAAUCCCGAAGUACUGAACACAAGCGAAUUAAUAUCCGAAUUAAGUGCACUACAAAAAUUGGACCCUAACGAAUUUAUUCGAGCUCAAGACAGCGAUCUGUGCAUCGGGAAAAUCCGCACGUUAAAGGCAAAGAACACAUACCCAACAGAGGAGGAGAUAAACCGUCUAACACCAGAGGCUAAAACUUUGCUGAGAGAAUGGAAAAGAUUAGAAAUAGGAACUGACGGAAUAUUGAGGAGAAAAGGAGGCUGCCACAUUGUUAUCGUAUGA